AUGGAGCAACAACCACACACCAAAGCGAUCCGGGAGGGGGCCUUCAUCGUGAUACUCCUCCCGCAAAGUGACGACGAGACACUUGGCUGUCUGCUCUGCGUGGGACGCGGACGGUACUCCGGCAAGACGCGGGUUGAGUGUCUCAAUAGACAUGUCAAAGAGGUGCACCCAGACCUAACCACCACCUUUAGGUGCUGGGGGUGCGGGUUCGCGGCUCCCGGGGAUAAGAAAUAUCCCCGGAAGAUCGUGACCCAGCACUGCGCCACCUGCGUCCCCGAGGUUUCGUCCGCGCCCUCAGGCAGAGUAGACGGAGAGAGGAGAGUUAACACCCGCCGUCGGUUGGGUAUUGCCGCGGCAACCGAGGCCACUCCCGUGAGACGUACUCGUCGUAACGGUCUGGCCUCACCUCCAGUCGAGCAGAACAUCAGCCAAAGCGCGGCUCCUCCGGAACCCGCAAGGGUACCACAACAUCCGGAGAUAGUUGCGCUGGGAGAGUCAGCGGAUGACGAAGUAUUUCGAUCUCCGGUGAACUCUCCCCCAAGAGACUGGAGGGCUGCGGCGCCCCAACAGGCGGCUUCCUCCUCUCCUCUGGCAGUGUCCGGUAUCACUGCUGCAACCCCGUCCAACACCACCAGGACAGGGAAUGGCUCGGCAAACUCCAUCCUAGCCGAGCACCCGAUACCUACACCUCCGCCAACCAACACCACGGAGGCGAGUGGUCGUGCCGACAUACCCCGUUCUGGGCGGACUCCGCCGCCCGGUCAACAAGCCGCCCGUAGAAGGGCUCCCACGACAGAACAACGUCGCAUUGUGGGACUCCUGGAGGCGGCCACUGGUCGGGAGCAACUUGAGGAGGCAACGUCUCUACCGAACAUCCAAGAAGCGGGCACCGACUUUGUGGAGCUGGCUGCCCGCAGAGACGGUGGAGAGGAUUGGCCCGAUGUCUUCGAUCGGGAAGAGCCCACGGCGGCGAGCGGCGAGGCCCUUUGUACCCCUAUUACAAGGGAGGAAGUGUUUCGACGGCUCAAGGGGAGGAACAACACCUCACCUGGGCCGGACGGAAUCACUUACAGGGACCUCGCCAAGGCCGAUCCAGGGGCCCAUGUACUCGCCGCCCUCUAUAACAGCAUUUGGCGCAUUGAGGCGACGCCUGCCUUGUGGGGGGUGUCCAAUACCACCCUUAUAUACAAGAAAGGCGACGCCAUGGACAUCUCCAACUGGAGACCGAUCUCCUUGGGAGAUACGGUCCCUAAGCUAUUUGCCGCGAUCCUGGCCUAUAGAAUCAAAAGGUGGGCAGUGGCCAACGGGCGCUACAGUGCCUACCAGAAGGGCUUCUUGGAGUUCGAGGGAUGCUAUGAACAUAACUUCGUGCUCCAGGAGGCCAUUCGGGAGGCAAAAGGCGGGAGAAAGGAGUUGGUGGUGGCCUGGCUGGACUUAGCCAGUGCCUUUACAUCCGUGCCCCACUCCUCAAUCCUGCAGGCGCUCGAGGGACAUGGCCUACCAAGCAAAGCGAGAAAUAUUAUCUCCUCGCUCUACACAGGCAUGACCACCCGCUUCCACACGGCGGAGGGACCCACCGACCCUAUUCUCAUCCAGUCGGGGGUCAGACAGGGUUGCCCAUUAAGCCCCGGCGUGUUCAACCUUACCCUGGAAGUUGUCCUACGGGAAAUACAACGGACGGGGGAGGGCUACACGAUCGAGGGCAGGCGUAUUUCCCAUCUCGCCUACGCCGAUGAUGUCGCGAUCCUGGCUGACUCCCCGGCUGGAAUGAGGAGGCUGCUUUUUGCAGCAGAACGGGGAGCUCGGGCGGUCGGCCUCACCUUCAACCCAGCGAAGUGCGCUACACUGCACAUAGCGGGACGAGGGGAGGAGGCAGUUAGACCGACUGAGUUCUCCGUUCAAGGGACACCUGUCCGUGCCCUUGCUUCCGGGGAGGCCUACGAACAUCUUGGCAUCCCCACAGGCUACCAAGUCAGACAGACCCCAAUCAACACCUUGCGGGAUCUUCUUGCUGACAUCGGCUCCAUCGACCGGUCCUUACUGGCGCCCUGGCAGAAGCUGGAUGCAGUGGGAACUUUCCUACUGCCCCGGCUUGAUUUCAUCAUGCAGGGCGCCCAUAUCGACAAAGGCUUCUUGACCGAGGCGGACAAGAUCAUUAAAAAAGCUGCAAAAUCUUGGCUAAGCCUUCCUCAGCGAGCGAGCGCGGAGCUCGUGUUUCUACCUCCCUCGCAAGGGGGAGGGGGUUUGCUCCCGCUCGCGGACCUCUAUGAUCUGCUCACGGUCGCUCACAGCUAUAAAAUGCUGUACUCGAGCGAUGUCACCGUGAGCACCAUAGCGGGAUCCACACUGAGGAGGACCGUUUCGGAGAGGCUUAAAAAGCGGGCGUCUAACAUCGAUAUCGCCCGCUUCCUCUCCGGAGAUCUUGAUCUGCCCCGGUCGACGAGCCCGUCGACAUUCUGGACCAAGGUUCGGAGCGCGGCCCUGAGAAUUAAGACCAAACGGGCUGCGCUGUAG